AUGCUGCGAGGGAGGCGCCCAGGGCUGCGCGUCGCAGCGGAGGAGCUGGGUGCCUGCGGCCGGGCCCCAGCACACUGCUUCCUCUUUGCGGUGCGGAAGCAGCUCCAUGGCAAGUGCUUGCAGGCCAACGUCCCCAAAGCCGGGCCCGGGCGCCUUCCCGCAGCGCCCGCCGCCGCCUUCCACAGCAGCGCCGCGGCCCGCGCCAAGGAGGACUAUUACCAGGUGCUGGGGGUGCCGCGCAGCGCCUCGCAGAAGGAGAUCAAGAAGGCCUAUUACCAGCUGGCAAAGAAAUACCAUCCUGAUACAAAUAAGGAUGACCCCAAAGCUAAAGAGAAGUUCUCUCAGCUGGCAGAGGCCUAUGAGGUAUUAAGUGACGAAGCAAAGAGGAAACAAUAUGAUGCUUACGGUACAGCAGGUUUCGAUGCCGGUGCAGCAGGUGCAGCAGGUGCUGGGCGCCAGUACUGGAGCAGUGGCCCAUCAAUUGAUCCAGAAGAGCUUUUCAGAAAAAUCUUUGGAGAGUUUUCAGGAUCCUCCUUUGGAGAUUUUCAGAGCGCCUUUGACCAGCCGCAGGAGUAUAUCAUGGAACUGACAUUCACUCAAGCUGCCAAAGGUGUUAACAAGGAGAUGGUGGUGAACAUCAAUGACUCCUGUCAGCGAUGUGAUGGGAAAGGGCAUGAGCCUGGUACCAAAGUGCAGCGGUGUCACUACUGCAAUGGUACUGGCAUGGAAACGAUAAAUACAGGUCCCUUCGUGAUGCGGUCUACAUGCAGGCGAUGUGGUGGUCGUGGUUCCAUUGUAACAACCCCGUGUUUGUUAUGUCGAGGAACAGGACAAACCAAACAGAGGAAGACAGUGAUGGUUCCCGUGCCAGCAGGCGUUGAAGAUGGGCAGACAGUUCGAAUGCCUGUGGGAAAGAAAGAAAUUUUUAUUACAUUCAGGGUUCAGAAAAGUUCUGUGUUCAGAAGAAAUGGAGCAGAUAUCCAUUCAGACCUCCUCAUUUCAGUAGCACAGGCUGUUCUGGGAGGUACAGCCAGGUGUCAAGGCUUGUAUGAGACGAUCAAUAUCACGAUACCCCCUGGUAUUCAGCCAGACCAGAAAAUUCGAAUGAGUGGGAAAGGCAUUCCCAAAGUUAACAGUUAUGGCUAUGGAGACCACUACAUUCACAUAAAGAUAAAAGUUCCUCAAAGGCUGACGGAUCGCCAGAGAGCUUUAAUGAUGAGCUAUGCUGAGGAUGAGACAGAUGUGGAAGGCACAGUGAACGGAGUCACAAAUACAUCAUCAGGUGGCAGGGCCACGGCUAGCGCUGAAGCAGGCGAGGAUAGGCCUGAGGCUGAGGAGAACAAGGAGGGAUUCUUUACCAAACUUAAGAAAAUGUUUAGCUCCUGAUAUGCCAUCUGAGGGAAACGUUCUACUGGAAACUAGGAGCCAGCAGCUGCA